GAAGCGGCCCGUCGGGCAUAUGACCGCCGGUCCAAUUUGGGAGCUGCCAACGAAACCCAUCAGGCUCCCUCGCGCUUCGCUCCGCUCACUCUGCCCGGGGCCGCGCGCCUGGACUCACACACCGACUGGGUUCUGGCGAUCGAGCUGACCCCCGGCGGCGGUGAGGUCAGCGUGAUGUCAUCCCGAAGGUGAGUGAUGUCAUGCUGAAGAUCUCCCAGGCAAGGUGAGCUUGCGUUUUGGUGAGUGUGUGUGGUGCUCCCCAUCCUGAGAGGUGAAACAUGGUAAUCAUCAUCAUCGCCGCCACCAGCUCGAGCUCUGCCGCCCUGCUCUUCUCAUCUACCGAGGGGCUUAUUGCGUUACAUGCCCGCAGCCCCGACCUGCCUUCCAAAAAUAAGCCCCUGCCACCAUGCCGAAAGAAGAAAAACAAGAGUGGUAUUUUUAGGGGCAUUAAUUUUGACCACGUGCCCCGAGGGUAAACCGGAUGGCCACUGCGCAAAGGUUCCUCAUCAGUAUGUGCGAGAGCAGCGGGCGCUGGACGUGGACUGCGGUUAUUCUGCUGGGCUUUCUGAUUGGGAUCGUGUUCUCCUACCCCACCUCGGACAGGACUAAUGCAACUUCACUGGAGAAAAGGUGGGAGAAGCUCUUCUCCCGCUCCGUUUUGGGGAUCUCGGUGGAGAAAUCGGACAUGAACUGGGAGAGUGACUAUUUGCUGGGCAUUAAGAGAGUGCGGAGGCUGUACUGCAACGUGGGCAUCGGAUUUCACCUGCAGGUCCUGCCAGACGGAAGGAUAAACGGAGUCCAUAAUGAGAAUCAGUACAGUCUAAUUGAAAUCUCAGCGGUAGAGAGAGGAGUGGUUAGUCUAUACGGCGUGAAAAGCGGGCUGUUUGUCGCAAUGAGCAGCCGUGGAAGGUUAUACGGAACGAGGGCCUUCCGUGACGAGUGCAAGUUCAAGGAGACACUGCUGCCCAACAAUUACAACGCAUACGAGUCUUCCAUUUACAAGGGCUUUUACAUGGCCCUCAGCAAACAUGGCCGCUUGAAGCGAGGCUACAAGGCUUCCCCAGCAAUGACUGUCACACAUUUCCUCCCACGUUUAUGAGCGAAACUGGCAAUAACACAAUAAUUUGCACAUGUUGGAUGUUCUCGUAGGUAACCCAAACAUGCUAAGAGGUGAACUGCAAAGAACUAAAAGAACACUCACGUAUUUAUUCUCGAAGAAAUACUAAUAAUAUAUGUAUAUUUCGGUAGCUUACUUUGUGUCUGAACUUUGUGUACAUGCCAUUCUUUGCUGCUUAUGAUUUCUAUUAUGAAUGAGUCAAGGAGCUUUUUAUGCCCUCUCACUUUUUAUGGGUGCUUGCCAUAACUGGUGUAAACCUUACCAGGCAUUGGACUAACAUCCUCAGCUUUUAGAAGUGAAACGGAUACUUUUUAUUACCUCAAAGAGCCACGUCCGCAUUAAGGAAAGUUAUGGAGGGAAAAAUAAAUAUCAGUUUACUCUGAUCUUCAUCCGUUCCGCCAUUUUACGAGGGACAUGAAAGCACUUAUUUUUCUGGAGUUUUCAUUAGGUGGUGCCUUAGCCUCUACUAGUUUGCCUCCUUUUGUGCAUGCAGGAAAGAGGUUUCUGUUCCAUAUUUAGAUCAAUAAAUAGUUGACAUUAAACGUUGACUGCAUGCAAUUUUAUGGAGAGUAAAACUCUGAGACUUUGUGAUUGAAACUCUGUGGACGGCUAGGUUUGGGUGCUUCCAUUUUGAAUGAAAACUGCAAUUGAAUGCGUUAAUCUUGAAUUAUGUGGUACGAUUAUAUGAUAGUGUAGCGGUUGCUUAUUAAUUAAACAGUGUGUAAUUCAACGUUUAUCAUAGACAUUUAUUGAUACUAGUCAAGUUUUACCUCCUCAUUAACAAACAUGUCAACUGCAUACUUGAACGUCACCUCAGAAAGUCUGUGGAAUGUGCUAAAAACAAAUACAACCGUCUUAAUCUGUUCGAGAUAACAUCCAGCCUGAUCUCACGAGAAAACAUAACUAUUUUACGUUUCAUCAGUUUAGUGGCUAAUUCAUACGAACACGCAAAGGAGUAUGAGUUCUGUUGUACGAAAAUGUAUGAUUUUAAAAAGAAGGCAUGGCACCCAACCCCGUUUCCCUAAACCCAACCAUCAUUGGGGGAUAAGAAAAUCAUACUAAAUUAUACGAAUGAUAUCAUACAAAUUCUUACGAAUUAGCCACUAAAUCAAAAAGUUACGAAUUACCAUGAGAUUGUGUUGGCUAUUCACACCUGUGCACACUCUUGAAGUUGAUGUUACUCCAGAUAAUCAGUCGUUAGUCGCACAUAAAAUUUAACUAAGCUUCGGUAUUUGUAGGCAUUCCCCUUCUCUCGCUUACAACAUCCAUCUCUUUAAAUUCAAGCAAUAUUUGGCUGAACGAAGGCUCUAUUUAAAAGAUUUUCCAUUUUCAUGUCACUUCCAGUUGCAGCUCAGAAAACAAUCAUCAACAUCUGCUUAUAUCUUUGCAACAAUGUCCUUGUAUCUUUUGAGAAACACAAGUUAAAACGUGUUGGAUUUCGCACACAGAGAGUAAGAGAGAAUAAAAGUGUUGGUAGUAGUAGUGUGUGUUUGUUAAAUGGGUCCUCUUGAAUUGAAGCUUCUACUUGACAUUUUGAGAGAUCCCAAUGUUACAAAGACGGAUGUUAUUUUUAUAACAGUUAUGGCUGGGAUGUUUGAGCUGGGAUGCUCAUGAGGUGUGUGUGAAUUUCUUUAAAGGUACAGUUCACCUAAAAAUAAAGGUUGCUCGCCUUCCUGUCAUUCUAAACCUGUGUGACAUUUAAACUCAAAAUACAGAACAUAUAUACUAUGACAAGAUGCUAAAACUGUAUUUGUCUGUAUAAUGAGAGUUAAUGUGAUCUAAAACAACAUCUCACUAAAUGGACAAGAACACAAUUUCCCUCUCAAAACAAAAUCACACAGCUUUGGAAUGACUUAAGAGGAAUUAUAUAAUCAUUUUUAAUGAACUGUCUACAAAGUGAAACUGAAACAAUAAAGCUAUGGUCUUUUUUAUGUUUUGGGAAUAAACCGAUUUUAAGCUGUGUUCAAAUAUGAACUAUAUAUUACUAUUGACAACUAUGGAUUUAAACUUCUUUGUACCCCAAAUAUGGCAUGCAAUGUGAUUGCUUCAACGAAACUGUCAAAAUGACUGCUUUUUUUAAAGAAUGCGAUGGCUGAUGUUAAUUUAUUGAUGUUUCUCCACUGUACUCUUUCACAUUUCUGAUCUCGUUGUACUUCAGUUGAACUUUGCAUGGUUUUAAUGCAAAAUACUAGACAGAAAUUUUGCAUGGUUUUAAUGCAAAAUAUCAGAAACGUUGCAUCUAGAAGUUAAGCCUUCGAAAUAAGUGCUUAUCCAGAAACAGCUAUUUCUCAAGUAACUUCCACCAGUUUCAUUGUACUGUACUUUGUCUCCAGCUUUUAAAUGAAACCAUUUGCGGCUAGUGAGAUGAUUGUAAAGGGUGAUGCAUGUGUGCGUGUUUGUCCUUGUAUGUAUGCAGCUUUUGUGUUUUCUCAGUUUUGUAUUCCUGCACUGAGGGGCAAACGCCCCGUCCAAAUUCCCCUCCUAUUUUCUUACAUAUACCUCACCUUCUGCCUUAGUUCCAAUUUGUUGAAAUGAUUGUACGAUUUGUUGAAUACAACAAACUUUUUGCCAAUCAUUUUGUUCUCUGAAAAAAGUGAAAAAUGAGUAAGAAUUCUAAUAUAUUAAGAAAAUGUUUCCUUUUAUUUUUAUACGUAUGUGCUGUGCACAACAGCCAACUGUAUUACUGAAAUGAAAAUAAAAGGUUGUUUUUUA